CUCGAUGCGCCGUCCGCUGAAUUAUGUCACGUUGCCUCGAGACCGCAAUGGCUAUGGGUCAUACAUCGAAAAAAUCCACUUCUAGAAACAUCGCUGUGGAGCGCAAGAAUCUCAUCACCGUUUGCAGGUUUUCUGUGAAGACUUUGCUGGAGAAGUACACGGCCGAGCCCAUUGAUGACUCAUCUGAGGAGUUUAUCAACUUUGCUGCAAUUUUAGAGCACAUCCUCAGUCACCGUUUCAAAGGUCCAGGUGGUUGGUUCAGUUCAGAUGGCCAGAGGAGCUUCUGGGACUAUGUUCGCUUGGCCUGCAGUAAAGUCCACAACAACUGUAUCAGUAGCAUUGAGAGCAUAGAGAACAUUAGCACAUCACGAGCGAAGGGACGAGCUUGGAUUCGUGUGGCUUUGAUGGAAAAGCGUUUGUCUGAAUAUGUCGCCACAGCUUUAAGAGACACUCGAACCACCAGGAGAUUUUAUGAUGAUGGGGCUAUAAUGCUAAGAGAGGAGGCUACUGUACUGACUGGGAUGCUCAUUGGUCUCAGCGCUAUUGACUUCAGUUUCUGUUUAAAAGGAGAGGUUUUAGAUGGAAAAACACCUGCAGUGAUUGACUACACACCUUACCUGAAGUUCACCCAGAGUUAUGACUACAUGAGCGAUGAAGAAGACCGCCGCAGUGUGGAUAGCAGUGCCAGUGAUGAGAGCGUAGCUGAGCAUCCUUACAUUCCUCUGGUCACUGAUGAGGAGACCUGGAGUAACAAGUGUCGAAAGAUGGAGCAAAGAUUCAAAAUCGUCUACGCCCAAAAGGGUUAUUUAGAGGAGUUGGUGCGCCUGAGGGAGUCCCAGCUGAAAAAUGUAGAAACUGAGAGCAAGAGGCUAGAUGCUAAACUAGAGGAACUACAAAACCAGAGCCAAACGGAGAAGAAAGAACUAGAGGCCAUUAUACUGGAGCUACAAGCACAACUAACUGGCAUCAUUCCUCGUGAAUCGUCUCAUUUGGUUAAAGGCCUUUCUAUUCCACACAUCAAUCAUUGGACAACUGAACAAGCUGCCAAUGACCAAGGAAACGUAAAGUUGUUCCGCAGGAGAAGCUUUCACAGUUUGGACCUCUCGGCUGAUGUAAGUUUGAACUCUGACUGUCAGAAGGAAGAUGGCAAUCAAAAUGGAGACACGGCCUGGUCAGCAGCUAAAGAUAACACACCUUCGAUGCUGGGUCUGUGCGGUUCUUUGGCUUCUCUACCUAGCUGUAAGUCUUUGGCAAGUCUUAAAUCCAGUGAGUAUUUGGUCAACAUCAGCACAGAGCCAAGUCCUGCCCUGUCCCCCAGCUAGGGGGCACUAGAGCACUCUUUUCCAACUGCACUUUUCUCCAGGAAACAAUGCAUCAGCCUUAUAUCAAUGUAUUAUUCCCUCUGGUAUUAAAUACAACAUGCAUAACAUUUUAUUUUAAUGAAGCUUUUAAAGAACAGUUCACCCAAAAAGGAAAAUUCGGUCUUGAUUUAUUCACACUCUAGUUGUUCCAAACCUGUAUAUAUUUCUUUGUUUGGUUGAACAAAAGAAGAUAUGUGGAAGAAUGACAUUUGUGAGGCACUAUUGACUAACAUAGUAGGAUGUUCUGUUGAACAUAAAAAAAUAUUUUGAGGAAUUUAGGAAAGAAAACAGAUUUUUCAACUCCACAAAGAAAUGUAUUCAGAUUUGGAACAACUCGAGGGUGAGUAAAUGAUGACAGAUUUUUUGGGGGGGGAUGAAUAUCCUUUUAAGUUCCUUAAUUCUCAGCACAAAACGCAGCAAAGUGAUUAAAAAUGACGCCUUGGCAGAUAUUGAACUUACACAGACUCAUCUUAAAGGUACACUCUGUAUUUUUUUGUUUAUGUUGUUUAUUACGCUGUUCAACAUGAAAUUAUUUUUGGCUUUAUAAUGACUGUAUACUGUUAUUGUAGCAUUACACGGUUUAAAUUACCGAUGCCAAUGCAGAUAUGCUUCUACAUGUAUUUUUUUCCAAUUGCGAAAGUGUCCUAUAAUGUCAGUAUUCAGCUGGUUAUAUGAACUCAAAAUGCCCCCAUGAGGCAACCCGCUCAGACUAAAAUAAAACUUUAAAUAAGCUUAAAUCCAAGUAAUGAUAUGACUGGAGUCUUUGUCUCGUGUGAGUGAUUUUAAACAUUGUUUUAAAUACUAUUUCUUGGUGUUUGAAUUGUUUUAUGAAAAUGACUGAAUGUACUUUUUAUUCACGCAGAAACACUCUUUUUUAUGCCUAGCAGUAUUAUUCAAGAAAAAGAGACACCAGUUGAGUGGAGACAGUUGCGACUUCUGUAUUUGCAUGUGAAAAUCGCUUUAUUGAGGCUGUAAAUGCAUCUCCUUGCCCAUCUGAUGGUUAUAUGAUGUGAGUGCAAGUAUAUUAACUGUUGUCAGCCAAACCCAGACCUUUUGUUAUAUCAGUUUCGUUUAGGUUUCUUUAUGUAUACAUAAUCCUCUAUUUUGUGGCAGUGCUCCGAUGUUUUGAAUUGUAAUAAACUAUUAUUUUAUGUCA